AGGUGCUAUGUACAUCAUUGUGGACUAAGACACUGUGUAACACAGACUGCUGAGAAGAGAGCACAGAUAGAAUUGAAAGAAAGCAAGGGAAGGGAAGUCUGUGAGGAGAGAAAUGGCAGCAGCAGGAGAAGCGCAAAGAAGACCGGCAAGACCUAUUCCUCCUUCGGCCAGAGGCCCUCCUCCUCAACCGCAGAGGCCCGCUUCUCGCUUCCAACCCGUUGAUCGCGAGAAGACUUGUCCUUUGCUACUACGAGUUUUCACAAAGAUUGGAGGUCAUCAUUCCGAUGAAGAUUUUGCGGUUAGGGGCAAAGAACCUAAAGAUGAGGUCCAAAUUUAUACAUGGAAGGAUGCCACUCUUCGUGAGUUAACUGAUCUGGUUAAAGAGGUAGCUCCAGAAGCAAGGAGAAGAGACGCAACGCUGUCCUUUGCUUUCGUAUAUCCUGCUAGUCAUGGACGUUUUAUACUUAGAGAGGUUGGAAAAACAUUUUCUUAUCCAAAUGGGAGACGACCAGACAAUGGCAGCAAGGCGUUGGGUGAACUUAACUUCCAGAUUGGAGAUUACUUGGAUGUGGCAAUUUUUUAGGAAGCUGUCCACCGUGUUGAGUAUCCUGUCUCCAUGGUGCAUGGUUGGAUCACGGACAGAUACGUGAAGGUCUUCUAUUGCAUGUUUUCUGAUUGUCGGUUGGACUGAUGCCCCUUUUUAUGGAUAGACAAGUACGGAUUUCUUUAGGUUCUUAUCAUGAAACGGAAAGUUGGCAAAUUAUGUUUAAUCCGGUGUGACAAAUCGGAAGACAUUCUAACAUUACCCUGCUUCUCUUGUGGUUUGUGUAAUUAUCUCAGUAGGAGGAAACUUUGAGCUUUUUGACUCUGUUCUCUUGUGUACCAAGAGGCCUCCAUAUUAGUACAAGAAGUCCUUUUUUUUCUUUUC